AUGUAUAGUAUUCUUCAUCUCUUACUCUUUACUCCCUCUAUAUACCAACCAUCAAGUCCCUCUAACCCAGUCCUCUCCCACCCAAGUCCCUCUAGCCCAGUCCUCUCCCACCCAAGUCCCUCUAGCCCAGUCCUCUCCCACCCAAGUCCCUCUAGCCCAGUCCUCUCCCACCCAAGUCCCUCUAGCCCAGUCCUCUCCCACCCAAGUCCCUCUAGCCCAGUCCUCUCCCACCCAAGUCCCUCUAGCCCAGUCCUCUCCCACCCAAGUCCCUCUAGCCCAGUCCUCUCCCAUCCAAGUCCCUCUAGCCCAGUCCUCUCCCACCCAAGUCCCUCUAGCUCAGUCCUCUCCCAUCCAGCUCCCUCUAAUCCGGUCCUUUCCCAUCCAGCUCCAUCUAGCCUAGCCCUCUCCCAUCCUGCUCCCUCUAGCCUAGCCCUGUCCCAUCCAGGUCCCUCUAACCAAGUCCUCUCCCAGCGAGGUACCUCUAGCCUAACCUUCUCCCUCUAG